AUGUGUUCGAAGAUUGCUGCGUGGGGGCUGCCCGCAACUGAGGAGCGCGCUGUACUCAGAAACAUCGCUGCCUGGUCCAUGCCAUUCCUAGCUCUUAAUGUCCUUUAUUCCGAUCAUCUGUACUCCAGCAUUGUCUGGAUGGAUGGCUGGCUCGCCUUUGAUCGCAAACAUAUGUUGAAGGGUGAUGUCGAUCGAAUCCUAGUGUUGCAGCCAUGUGGGGAGACCUGGCAAGCAAGGGGGGAGCUCAGGGGUCAGCGGCUGGAAAAUGGAUCUUCUGUCGUAGACGCGUUUCCAUUGUCGCCGCAUGGAUAG